UGCCCGGCCUGCAGUGCAGUGCAAGCCAUGCCAGCUGCCUAUAUAUACCAGGCCAGGGAGCGGGAGCCUCACACACAGUCACAGCACACGCAGCCACCGAGGACUGCAUUGCUAGCAUCCAUCGCCAUCAGUCGCCAUAUCGAUCUGCGCACGAAGCUAGUAGUCCAGAUGGAUCGGGUGCCGCCGCCGGUCUCCAUGCAGGUGGCUGCGAUGCAGCGACAUCAGCAGCAGCAGCAGUUCGUCCACCACCUGCAGCAGGUCCACCAGCAAGGUACGCAGCACGAGCAACCGCCGCCACCGCACCAGAACGGCAGCAGCAGCAGCGGCAGGACCGGCGGCGGCCGCAAGUGCUGCCCGCUGCGGCGGUCGCGCAAGGGGUGCAUGAAGGGCAAGGGCGGGCCGGACAACCAGCAGUGCCCCUUCCGCGGCGUCCGGCAGCGCACCUGGGGCAAGUGGGUGGCCGAGAUCCGCGAGCCCAACCGCGGCGCGCGCCUCUGGCUCGGCACCUUCGGCAGCGCGCUCGAGGCCGCGCGCGCCUACGACGCCGCGGCCAGGACGCUCUACGGCGACUGCGCUCGCCUAAACCUGCAGCUAGUGCCUCCGUCGGCGGCUGCGGCAGCCGCCGGAGGAGGAGGACCGGCGGUCGUCGCGUCUCCGUCCCCUGACACCGUGGCUGGCCCUGCUGCUGCUGCUGGUGGUGGUGGACACAACUGCCAUCACCAGUACCUGCAGCAGCAGCACGCCAUGGCGGCGCCUAUGAUGAUGAUGCACUCCUCCUGCUGCUCCGCCGACGGGUCGUCGUCAAACUCCGAUUCCAUUUCCAACUCCUGCUCGUCACCGGUGACCACGGCGGCCUCGCCAGCCUACAGCCACCACCAGACGAUGUUCCAGACACCUGCACUGCAGCCGUCAUGCGGCGCAAUGACGAUGGCGGCCGCUGCGCCGCAUGUGCAGGGCUUCCACGUCGGCGACGACGACACUACCACCGCGAUGGCGAUGCACCGUCAUCAGCAGAUGAUGCGCGAGCUGGCGGAGGCGCCUCUGCACCAGGAGGCAGACGACUUCGAGGACUUCGUGACGCGGCUGCCCAAGGCGGAGGACUUCGGCCUGCAGGGCUUCCAGGAGGUGGCCCCCGAGGUGUUCGACGACGCCGCCGGCAUCUGGGACCACGCGGCCGCCUGGGAGCCCCCCACCAUGAUGAUCGACUCUGGCGCCCAGCCCCAGCAGCAGCUCGUCGUCCCUCUUUGACUCGCUCGUCGAUGACGCCGCGCGCCCUGCACCAGCUACUGCUUCGUUCCCAGCUGCAUCGAACUGGCCGGUGUACGUGGCGGAGUGAUACGACGCGCGCGCUAUGCAUGACACCACUGCACAGGUGGUUCUUGCAUGUGUUGCUUACGCCUCGAGACGUACGUACAUAAUACCAGUAUGUAUGUACCGGAUGGUUACUCUGAUAUGACUGUAUUUCUCCUAGUUAUUCGUGGGUUUCAUUUGGAUAAUGUUUCAGGUUUUGUAAAAUAUAUACUUUAGUAGUAGUGGUGUCUUAAAUAUAUGCUCCUAGCUAUAUAUCUAGUCUCUGUGUGGUAUAUGCAUGGCCGCUAGUUAGCUUGUACAAUAUUACCAUAUAUAGAUAUAUUAAUUUCGCUUUUA